CACUUAACUUAUUUUCCUUUUCCUCAAACAAACAUAGCCUAAGCCGCCCUUACUUUUCAUUCUUCAUCAUUCAUUCUCUUUCACACACACAAACAAACCCUUCCAUCGAAUCCCAAUCGAUCUUUACUCAUCGCUUUGCUUUCACAUCUUCUACCUGACUCACACUACCCCCAACAAGGUCAAGCUCUAUUUAAUUAAUUAAUUAUUCAAUUCAAAAUUUCUUAUUUUUAUUUUCAUCAUCGAGAUCUGCAUCAAACCCCUUUUUUUUUUUUCAAAUCAAAAUUCAAAUUGGGGGUUUUGCUUUUCCUUGCCGACAAACCUCACUGUGGUAGCGAUGUCGACGCCUGCUAGGAAGAGACUGAUGAGAGAUUUUAAGAGGUUGCAACAAGACCCACCUGCAGGAAUCAGUGGUGCUCCUCAGGAUAACAAUAUUAUGCUGUGGAAUGCUGUUAUAUUUGGUCCAGAUGAUACUCCUUGGGAUGGAGGCACGUUUAAGUUGACUCUUCAAUUUUCUGAGGAUUAUCCAAACAAGCCGCCAACUGUACGAUUUGUUUCCCGGAUGUUUCAUCCAAACAUUUAUGCAGAUGGAAGUAUCUGUCUUGAUAUAUUGCAAAAUCAGUGGAGUCCUAUAUAUGAUGUAGCUGCGAUACUAACUUCUAUCCAGUCAUUGCUUUGUGAUCCCAAUCCAAAUUCUCCUGCAAACUCUGAAGCGGCUCGAAUGUUCAGUGAGAACAAGCGUGAGUACAAUCGUAGAGUUCGGGAAAUUGUGGAGCAGAGUUGGACAGCCGACUAAGGUCAUCUUGAUAUGCUUGUUGGCCUGCGAAGGCAGGAAUUAGAUUGCAUUGCUACCUAUGAGUCAUGCAAACUCACCAAAGUCUAUCGUAUUCCUUGUUAUGAAUGUUAGGUUCAUCUUAUCUUUAAUUCAUGGUAGUUUAUGCAUCGCCCAUGUAAUAUAAAUUUGUGUCAGUGCAUCGGAUUGUUGUCAACACGGUUCAAUGUAUAAGUUGUACACUUCCGAUUGGUUAUGAUUGCCAGUAUUUAUUAAAUUGGGUUCAAUUCUGUUUA